GUUUCGCCCACAGUCACGUGAUGACGCAAGAGUCACAUGACGUUUUUGUCCAGACGCAUCAACAAAUCCAAAACAUCUUUGCUGUUGUCUCUCUUGUUUUUGGUCGAAAUAACGCAACUCAUCACACCAACAGUUACUGUUAGACAAACAGUCAAACAGGUUGUAAAAUUAACAGAGUCGUUAAAUAUGGAGGUGGAUGAGAUGAAAGAUGAAGGACCUCCACACAGUCAAGAGCUCCAGUUGGCACAGGAGGGAUCACUGAGUCUGGAGAGCUCAGCCGCUGUAGAGAACGUGUUUGUGGAUAAGAAAGCUGUGGACAAACUCACAGAGGGAUUACUCUCUCACUACCUACCAGAUCUACAGAACUCUAAAGGAGCCCUGCAAGAGCUCACACAGAAUCAGGUGAUAUUGUUAGACACACUGGACCAAGAAGUCACCAAGUUCAGAGAAUGUAAUGCCUUACUGGACCUCAAUUCACUGUUUACAGAGGCGAAAGUUUACCACAAUAAACUGGUGAACGUAAGGAAAGAGAUGAUUAUGCUCCACGAAAAAACAACUAAAUUAAAGAAAAGAGCUUUGAAGCUGCAGCAGCAGAAGCAGAAGGACGCGCUGGAGAAGGAACAGCAACGUGAGAAGGAGCUCGAGAGAGAAAGGCAGCUUAUUGCCAAACCUGCGAAAAGAACUUAGGAUCUCGAAGUGUGUCUGCUGUAUGAAUGGAUUGUACAGGUGCUUUUGCAUGCCUUAGCCUAUUUAUUACAUAUCAACUAUAUGUUACAUGACUGCUGAACAUUUUCCAAAGUAGAUUUCUUUUUUAAAUAUAAUUUCUUGGCCUUUUGGGCCUGUAUCUGACCGAAUACAGUGAGGGCAGAGAGGAUAGAUGAGAUGCAGCUAAAACUCCAACCAGGGACGCUGUGGUCGCCUCAUAUGAGUAUUUGACCUCUAGUAACCCAACGCCCAUUCCCCAUCCAAGCAGCCAUUGUUUCCACUCAUUUUGGUAUUGUACUAAAAUCUACUUGAGACGUGCUUGAUACAUGUGAUCCAUCACGCUGAAUAUUAUGUCUACUUUAUCAUUGUCCGACUUAAUGAUGAUGAUGCAGUGAUGCAGUGAAACAUGUCACUCAUGUGACAUGUUUGCUCUGAAUUACUGCCAAUACCACAGUUUAGAAGAGUAGAUAUGAUUUUUACAAUGCUUUAUUGCCUAUCUCAAGCAUGUUCAAUUUUAGACCAUUUUAAGUGGAACUGUGGUGUUGGAAAGCAAGUCCAGGUUUACCACCUGAAAUACUUUUGGUGGACAGCUUCUGCAAAUAAAUGGUUUUAAAUAGGAAUAAGAUUGGCUGUUAACAUAUUCUUAGUUUGUCUUCGUUUCCAACAGUAUUACAGAAAAGACUGUAAAAGUCGUUCUCGGUAUUUCUGCAAUUAAUUUUUUUACAAACAUGGUUGACAUAAGGAUGUGAGUUGUUAUCUGGUAACUUGACCGUUGUUUAUUCACAUGUAUGUCACAACCAUCUUUAUACCUGCACUGCAGUAAGACAUUAGAUUGUUUUAUUUGAAAGUGUGAAACCAUCUUCAUUGAAAGUAAAUGAGAAAAAUCCAUUAAAAAAUCUUUAAGACUAAUAAGAGUAGAGGGACAUGCUUUGGGAAAUGGUUCACUUAAUAGACAGUGUAUGUGAAUAUUGGUAAAUGGGCUAAAACGUGCAGAAAGUCUGGUAUGAGCCUUUAUGUCGGACAUUGCCAAAAUCUCCACAGACCAAAGACAUGGACUAAAUCAUCAAAUGCUGGUACUUCCCACUAUCACAAAGCCGAGCACUUCCCAGAAAGUGAAACAAAUUACUCAGACACUUUUGCGGCCACCAGACAAUGACCAGGAGGAGAAUCAAUGUGUUUUCUGUCUUUUGUUAAAGAUAAAGUGUUAAUAUAUGUUGUUUAUGGGCCUCAUGCCAUGUUAGUGUUGAAUGUUAUAAAACAGGUAUGUUGUUUCAAUAGGUCUGCACUAAACCAAACUGACUGUAUUUCUGGGGUCCAGAUGAUAUGAUAAUAGAUGAUAAUAUGUAUCAAACUUCGCCCCCACAAUAUACCACAUCUGUACAUUUGUUUAACUGACCUUGCAAGAGGCUUCUAAGCACUACUGACGCUUGGAACUCCACUGUUUGUACAAUUCAUUAUAAAAUCAACACAAACUGG